GCAAAGUGGCCGUUUGUCAACGAGGUUAUGUCAUAUACGUGGCUUUGAGGUGUGUGGCAUUUAAGUGAAGUAAACUAGUGGGCCACCGAAAUGUAUGUCCUGAAAAGAGAAAAAAAGGACGAUGAGGACGCAGGUGGUGGGAACCCAUUCAACAACCUUGAGAAGACGUCUGUGCUUCAAGAGGCCAGGACAUUCAAUGAAACUCCCAUCCAACCAAGGAAAUGUGCAGAGAUCUUGACGAAGAUCUUGUACAUUUUGAACCAGGGUGAAACCCUCGGGACGACGGAGGCCACCGACGCGUUCUUUGCGAUGACUAAGCUGUUUCAAUGCAAGGACACAGUUUUGCGACGCCUCGUCUAUCUUGGCAUCAAAGAGUUGUCGAAAGUGGCAGAUGAUGUCAUCAUAGUCACGAGCAGCCUUACGAAAGACAUGACAGGCAAAGAGGACCAAUACCGUGCUGCUGCUAUCAGAGCCCUCUGCAAAAUUACGGAUAGCAGCAUGUUGCAAGCCAUCGAGCGCUACAUGAAACAAGCGAUCGUAGAUAAGAACUGUGCUGUGUCCAGUGCAGCACUAGUGUCAUCAUUGCACCUGAUGCGUAUCAGUCCGGAGGUAGUGAAGCGCUGGGUGAACGAAGCACAGGAGGCAGUCAACUCUGACAACAUCAUGGUGCAGUACCACGCUUUGGGUCUGCUGUACCAUAUCAGGAAAUCUGACCGGCUGGCCAUUUCAAAGCUGGUAACCAAGUACACCCGUGCAGCACUCAAGUCACCAUAUGCUGUCUGUAUGUUGAUCCGGAUAGCUAGCAAGCUCAUUGAAGAAGAGGAUAUGGGGCCUGAUAGCCCUAUGUUCGAGUUCAUCGAGAGUUGCUUGAGGCACAAGAGUGAGAUGGUUAUCUACGAAGCCGCCCAUGCCAUUGUCAAUCUUCGCUCCACGACCACCCGCGAGCUCACGCCAGCCGUUUCGGUCUUGCAGCUGUUCUGCAGCUCGCCGAAGCCAACAUUGCGGUUUGCUGCUGUACGCACGCUCAACAAGGUGGCAAUGACACACCCUGCAGCAGUGACUGCAUGCAAUCUCGACCUUGAAAACCUGAUUACUGAUAUGAACCGGUCAAUCGCUACGCUCGCCAUCACGACCCUUCUGAAAACCGGCAGCGAAAGCUCCAUCGACCGCCUCAUGAAACAAAUCACGUCGUUCAUGUCGGACAUAUCCGACGAGUUCAAGAUUGUCGUCGUUCAUGCAAUAAGGUCCUUGUGCCAAAAAUUUCCUCGAAAACAUGGUGUCAUGAUGAGCUUCUUGUCAUCCAUGCUUCGUGACGAGGGCGGUUUUGAGUACAAGAGGGCCAUCGUCGACACAGUCAUUAACAUCAUCGAGGACAACCCUGAAGCUAAGGAAGCAGGACUAUCCCACCUGUGCGAGUUCAUCGAGGACUGCGAGCACGUAAGCCUGGCCGUACGCAUCCUAUCGCUGUUAGGACGCGAAGGGCCGCUGACGUCUGCUCCGUCCAAGUACAUCCGCUUCAUGUACAACAGGCUCAUCCUCGAGAGGGCUCCCAUACGUGCGGCAUCAGUAAGCGCGCUGGCAAAGUUUGGGGCCCACUGCGAGGACCUGCUUCCCAAUGUGAUCGUUCUGCUUGAGCGCUCCCUUCUCGAUACAGACGACGAGGUGCGAGAUCGAGCUGCGUACUUCCUGCACAUCCUCAAGCAGAAACAGAAUGCUCUCAGUGCACGCUACAUUCUGUCAGGGCUUCAAGUAUCGAUCGUGGGACUGGAGAAGGCACUGCACCACUACACCCUGGAGCCGAGCGACAAACCGUUUGAUCUCAGUAGUGUUCCAAUUGCCACACAGCCGCUGCGCAUUGAGGACAACAGGCAACAAGGGGAUGUUGGCUCGGAUGCAAGCACUGCUCUUAAAACUUGCACUGCACUUGAAGAGUGGCUGAAAUUGCCCACUUCUGUGCAGUCCAGUGCCGAACCUGUUGCCGAGCUCCCCGUUGCCGAACCAAAAACACCUACAGUCAGGAAAGGAAAACCAGAGAAGGUGGCAGCCACAAGGCAAGACCUCUUUGCUGAGCAACUCGCCAAAGUUCCUCAAUUGGCUGCUCUCAACUUGGGUCCCCUCUUCAAAUCCUCUCAGCCUGUCAGCCUCACAGAGUCCGAGACAGAGUAUGUGGUGAAAUGCAUCAAGCACGUCUUCAACAAUCAUGUUGUGCUUCAGUUUGACUGUACCAACACCCUGAAUGACCAAAUCCUGGAAAAAGUACACGUUGCCAUUGAGCCCUCGGAAGGCUUCGAGCUGGUAACGGAAGUACGGUGUCCAGUGUUAACGUACAACGUCCCUGCCACGACCUACGUGUGUUUCCGGCUGCCGCAGGACGACCCUUUACUCGUUGCAGGUACUUUCGCUAACACAAUGAAAUAUCUGGUCAAGGACUGCGACCCUAAUACUGGGGAGCCAGAUGAUGACGAGGGCUACGAAGACGAAUAUGUGUUGGAGGAUUUGGAGUUAACCGUAUCAGACCAUGUCCAGAAAGUCUUGAAGGCAAAUUUUGGAGCAGCUUGGGAUGAGACAGGCCCUGAGAAUGAGCUGGAGGACACCUUUGUGCUCGGCACCAUGAAGACACUAGAAGAGGCUGUGAAGAACAUCACCCAGUUCAUGGGCAUGCAGGCCUGUGAACGCUCGGACAAAGUGCCUGAAGGAAAGAGCUCCCACACUCUCCUGCUGGCCGGCGUCUAUCGUGGCAAUCACGAGGCCCUCGUCAAGGCACGCCUAGCCAUUGGAGUUGCACAGGAUGGCGUUACGAUGCACCUGGCUGUACGGUGUCGAGACCCCGAUGUCUGCCAGGUCAUAAUUUCUGCCAUUGGCUAACAAUGGUUUCCGAACUUUCCACUUUGGGCCACCAGAACUUUCUUGAGCAGAGAAAGGUGUAAAUGUACGUACGGGGACUGGGUACGAAGAGAGAUGGGACUGUCGCAGGCUUGGCUCGGCUCUUUGCUACGAGCCGACACUAGCCUGCUGUGUGUGCAAGACAUGCACUUUUGGAUCGUUUGCAGAACAUGAUUUGCAAAAAAUACAGAUUGUGGUUUAUUUCGUCCAUUUUUUUUUUUUUUUUUACAGUUCUGCCACUGGGGUGUGGGACGCUAUGCCCAGGCUCUUGUUUUGCAUUCCGUUUUACGUAGGGUUUAAUCAGAUACAAGAAAAGGUUUGGCGACGUGCACUUAAAAAAACAGAAGUUCCCUGCAGAACACGCUGUGCACCAACCAUUGCCACAAAUAAUAGGGUUGCCACUUCUCAUUCCAAGAGAGAAGGGGGCGUACACCUUUUUGUGCCAAUUGUCAUAUAUCCAAAUUGACACCGGAAGGGUGUAAACCCACCUCUCUCUUCGAAUCAGAAGAGAGAAUCCUAUUAUACCUGGCAAUGGUAGGCGCACAGCAUGCUAUCUGGUGAAGUUCCCGUUUUAGAGUGUGUGUAUGGCUUACAAGCAGAAACAUGGAAUUUAUAAAAGGCAGAUUGCUGAAUGCUGUUUUCCUUGUGAGGCUGCAGCAUAUUGUAAAUUGUUGUCUGUGGGUGUAAGCUGACGAAUCCAACAAAAAAAAUAUUCCACAAAUCCACAGCACUGUACAGAGUACUACGUCUUGAAUGAAAUGCUUGCUAACAAGAUCAAUAAAAUGGCAGUGGCUACUCAGCUGCAUUUUCCUUUUCGUAAAAGUGCAGUUUUAUUCCCCCCCAGAUUCAUCUCUGAGGAAUGUUUACUUUUUGGCAUCUGGGGUGCCUAUUAUACUCCUUCACUCUACCAUUUUCGGCCACUUGGUGUUGAUAGUGCGGUGCUGCAAAUAUAAACUGUGUUGCAUUUUGGCCACCCAUUCUGACUUGACUGUCACAUCUUCAGUCUUCGAUUGCACCCACUUCUUUUCGUAAGAGACUUAUUGUAUACCCAGGACAUCUGUUUUGGCUGCUGUUCAAAGCAGCUGCAUCCAUGUGGAAAGUUCUUUGCCAAAUGCACGUUGGGGGGUUGUUUGUAAAUACAGCAUUUUUCAGCAUUGUCUAGAUAUGUGUAAUGCAUCAAUAUAGUUUUUUACUCAAAUAAAGAGUGCUACGUACAA